GCGCAGCAUCUCCGCAUUGAUUUGCAUGGGACAGACAGACGCGCCGCGCGGACCAAUCAGCGGCCCGUGCGGGCCCGUCGCGCGCCCUCCCCUGAUUGUAGUCAUAUGCUUUCUCUGCCUGCCCCCUGUUCGCCCAGCGGCGUUUGGGAGACGUAUGUUUUUCCAUGCAUGAUCUGUAAGGCAUCUCUGUGUGUUUUUCAUCGUGAUUCGGAAUAAUCUGUAAUUCUGCAUCGCGCUGGGAAUUAAAGCCGACAUCCACGAUGGGUUGCGCCGGGUUUUCCUGCUCAAAGAACUCGCUCUGCGCGCUCAACAUCCUCUAUGUUAUGGUGAGUCUGCUGAUGAUUGGCAUUGCAGCCUGGGGAAAGUGGUUCGGGCUGGUCUCCAGUUUCCAGGUGGUGGGCGGAGUCAUCGGAGUGGGCGUGUUCCUGUUUUUGGUGGCAGUAGUGGGACUCAUCGGUGCCGUGAAGCACCACCAGGUCUUGCUCUUCUUCUACAUGAUCAUCCUCUUCAUGGUGUUUGUGGUACAGUUUUCCGUUUCCUGUGCCUGUCUGGCCAUCAAUAAGGAACAGCAGGACCGGUUGCUGGAGGUGGGGUGGAACAACUCUCAGACCACACAGAGGGACGUGCAGAAGAGCCUCAACUGCUGCGGAUUCUCCUCCGUCAACUACAACGGCACCUGUGAAGCGGCAUGUUUCCCUAACAACUCCUGCACCACGUGUGCGGCUAAGAUCCAGGAGCAUGCUGGGGAGGUGCUGCGCUUCGUGGGGGGGAUCGGCCUGUUCUUCAGCUUCACUGAGAUUCUGGGGGUGUGGUUAACAUACAGGUACAGAAACCAGAAGGACCCUCGUGCCAAUCCCAGUGCUUUUCUGUAAUUCCAGAAAAAGAACCCCCGUCCACAUCGUUCAGACCUUUGGACACUUUUCUUUUUAUCUGUAAAGGGGAGCGAUCUGUCUCAGGUGCUGUCCUGGGUUUGCCUCAUGAGUGGCGUGUUUGAGUGAAGUGUGUUCCUCCAAGACUACUGUAUACUACAAUUCUGCACACUCCUGAGAUCCACACAGUCACAAUGCACUGCGUUGCUUGUUGAAAAGAUGGAGCUGGAAGCUCAGACAGUGGGCGGGAGUUAGGGAGUCAUGGGAGAGUGAGUUUUCAAGUACCUCAUAAUGGGUGGAGCUAUUGUGUGCUGUCAAUCACUGACUUAAUGAACCAAUCAAAAGACUCGGCCCUCCACUGCAAAAACUAUGCUCUUAUGAAUCCUCACCCUCCUAUCACCAGAAUCAACAGUAUAUAGACAAAUAAGUCUGAUUCAAAUCUGUGAAUUUUUCUCAGUGCCAUGUAACGCACUGAAACCACUAUGAGUAAGCCCACUGUACUGUAUGUGCAAAAUAGACUGAAGGCCUGUCUUUGAAUAAAUGUGUACAAUUUAUUUAAUAUUUACAAUCACUGAAGAGAUUUACCUGCUGUUAAAAGGGUAUAGAAAACCUAAAAAUCAUUAAAUCAGCCUGUUUUGAGCCAGCUGUAUGUGUAACGAUGUGUAUAUAUGUACAUAACCAUGUAUGCAUAUACACAUAUAUUUAAGUCAGGUGGCCUGCCUGUCGGUUUAUGUGAUGAUAAUGGCACUGUCCCUGUAGAGAGGCAGAGGUGAGGUCAGGUGACUGGGUUCUGCAGGUAGGGGUGCACUCUGUUUUUUAAACGCGAUAUUGUUCCCCCUGACUCCGAGUGGUCGGCUUCUGGGCCCGCACGCUCUCUCUCUCUCUCUCUCUUCUCUCUCUCCUCUCUCUCUCGCAUGCAUCCCUCUCUGGAGUGUCUGCUGUGAAUCCUGGCGGUUCUGUAAACUACGCACCACACCUGCUGAGCGUUUGUA